GGCACCCAAGAAGCUAAGCUGAUGGUUAGCCUGAUAGUUUAAGCCUCAGCAGUAACACAGAAACAUUCUCCUGACAUGAGCUUCGCCAUAUCUCGUUCUCAUUUUGAGUCUGAGUUCAUUGUCACGGAGUAUGUCGAAUGCUCGGGAUCUAGAGAAGGACUGGUACUCCAUACUUGGUGCGACUCCCACUGAUGAUUUACAGGAGCUGAAACAGAAGUAUCAGAGACUGGUCCUUAUGUUCCACCCAGAUAAACAGAAGCCUGGCCUAUCAGAAGAGGAGGCGGGGCUGCACCUGCAGAGGUUCAUAGACGUGGAUCAGGCCUGGAAGAUACUGAGCAACGAGGAGAGCAGGAGAGCGUUUGACCUACAGUUGCGUGCACAUGAGCUGAAACAAAGCUGGCCGGUGGAUGCCUGCAUUACACUGGAGGACAUGAACUGGGACAGCGAGAAUGAGUGUUACUCGUACAGCUGCCGCUGUGGUGGUGAGUUUCUCCUGGAGAAGGAGGAUGUAGAGGAGGAUGAGGAUGCUGUAGUGUGCUGCGACACGUGCUCACUCAGCAUCGAAGUGAAGAGAGCUACAUGAUGCAAGCAUAAUCGUUCUUCCUCAAAGAGGUGAACUCAUCAACCUGGUGUUACAGUGUCAUUCUUAAUUCAGAGUUCAUUAUUGGGUACACUACAGAAGUGCCUAACAAUGGCCACCACAGUGUAUGCCAGUCAUAGGACAUUAUUAUUAUUAUUAUUAUUAUUAUUAUUUUUAUUUUUUUAUUUUUAUUUUUUUUUUUUAAGAAUAAUGAUAAUGAUUUUAUGUACAAUGAUGUCCAGUAUUGUAAUUUAAACUUAUUUCAUACACUGUAUAUUUAUUAAAAAUGAAAUUUGUAUUGUACUUUUGGGUCCUUUGUCAUUCCUUUUUUUUUUUUUUUUUUUGAAAUACUGUCAUAUUGCUGUGAAGUGUAUAUAAAUAAUGUUCUUAUUUACAACUACUUAAACUAAAGGAAAAAGAGGUUGUUUUUUUGUUUUUUUUUUUUAAAGUGGCUGAAACGUCACAUUAAUUCUCACAUAUCCUUACUUCACAGCAACUUUUUUUAGGAACUGGGUCAUGUUAUUCUCUUUCCCAAAAGCCCUCAGGUUAUUUCCUCCAAGCACUUCAUGCUCUUUUUCUCAGAACAACAUGGCGCCCCCCCCCCAACUUUGAAAAGACGCAGCUCACCAACUCUGACUUUACUUGUAAAUAUAUACGUUUUGGAAUAAACUCACGGCACUUUGUUUGCAAAAACCAACUUUGAUUUGUUUUCUCUCAUCUCUCUUUUCUUUCCCCCCAAUAAUCAGAGGAUCCAUGGAGUUUUGAAGGAACAAGGUCACGGGUUGAUUAAGACUUCAAACGCAGUCAUUAGGCUGUUCUGUAAAAAUCUGUCCUCUCUCAGAAAAAGCGGCUUGAGCAGACCAAAAAACACGCUUUUCAUCCGCGUCCCCUCCUGAAGCCGGACCUGCCAGUGGGCCUGCAGCGGACUGAACCCUAAUCCAUACUGACAUCAAUUAGGGAUAAUCUCGUCACUUUUAGAGAGUGGGCUUGUCAAAGCUCUAAUUAAGUGCGCUGUCCACCCAACACCCCCUGCCCCCUCCCCAAACACCCCCCACAAUAUAUGUGCAGACAGGAUCAACAACACAUUGUGGGCCAGUGAUGGACAUCUUUCUCAUAUUUUUGUGAAAAUCGCAGCUUUUCAGCUGGGCUUGAUAAGCUUUACUAUUGCAAUUAAAAUAAUCAUAUUUCUGUACUAUAUUGCCUAAAAUAUUUGGUUUAUAGAUGAAUGUUCAAGUUUUUGAUCAAGACUCGGUGGUAGGGCGACACAAAGAAGCACCAUCGACAGUAUCAAGACUCAAUAAGUUGUCAUUCUGUCAGCACCAGGUAUUGAAAUUAUAGUUUACAAAACAGGGCUGAAUAAAAUAGAGGCAACCAGGGAUGACUGGUAUAAAUGGGCUAGCAAGGCUAUGUCUUUCAAAGCUAAAAACACAUGAAUAUAAGGUUUCAUUUUUGGCAUAUUCAGAGUAUUUUGGAUGUUUGUGGAAUCAAAUGUCACCAAUGGCCACACAGAAUGGUAUGAAGAAGUGAGAAGCAAGGCUGGGGCUGAUUUAUUUCUAGACAAGAUUGUAGCUUCAUUCUAUAAUGUAGCUUCAAGUGACAGUCGUGCCAGGUGAUGACAGAGUAAUUUGGGCUGAUAUUUCUCACACAUCCAGAACACGUCAUCUGUGAUUGGGAAAUCCUUUUUUUUCCCCUCCAAAAAGCCUUUUAAGCUGAGUCUAAACACAUAUUUUCCCAUAAAAGUACAGAUUACACAAAGAGACAGAUGAUAGAUGAUAGAACUGGGUUACUAAAAACUGGCUUACUAGGUGAUUUUCAUCUGCAACAGAGUGAAUUUAGCUCUCACGAUGGAUGUAAUCAACUCGUACAAUACAGUUUAUGUCAGAUUUUAAGUUUAUAGUCUGAGCUCAUUUACCAGGAAUUACUGUAAACGUUAAUGUUCAGAUUUCAUCGUUUCUGGUGAAAAUAGUAGCAAAAAGUGUAGUACAUGAACAUAACCCAGCAGAUGAACAUAACCCGGUCUGACCUCGAUGCUCGACACCUUUUCUCACGUCAUUUGGGGUGUGGAAGUCCCGGUGUGCCAUAGUGUGUGUGAGAGUGAGAGAAUAGCAGUAGUAACCUUAAACUCCUGCCAAGUGAGAACUGGUGGAUUUCACUGAUCUCCCACUCACUUCACAGGUAGCCCUGAGAAGCGUUUCCUUCAAAGCAAGCCUGAUGCUCCGAGAAGGUGGGGGAGGAGAGGCGGAAAGCCACUCUUUUUUUUUUUUAAUGAACUUUUCUUUACAUUCUACCUCAUCCUGCUCUCUCCUUGAACUCGAGCAUAAUCUUGUUCAGACAAAAGCAGGGCCCUCCUCCCGCUUCCAGUUUAUAUUCCAACUCAAAUCUUUUAAAAUGUCUUCCUUGUUUUAGGCUGAGACUACAAAUGUAAUUGUGUUCCACGGAUCAUGGGUGUUAGUCUCACAAACGUUGGUUGUCACAGGAACCAGCAGGUGCUGCUUUCUUAAUCACAAACUAGAAAGAGGAGAUGUUAAAUCAAAAAAAGUUUUGCUUUUAGAGAUUUUUUUUUUGUUACUUUUUUUAAUUUGGACAGAUUGUGAUGGAGUAAAUUUGUAUGUCGGAAAGAACAGCGAUUUUAUCACCCCUGCCUCAAUCCUACAUGGAUCUUUUAGUAAAUCUCAACUUGCUUCAUUCAAACUAGUGUUCCAGCCUGUUCUUCACCAAGCCAUUCAAUUAGUUGGCAAGAAUCAAGAGUUAAGGGAGUGUUGGUUUGGUUCUAUGCAUUUGAAGGGCUUUCCCUUUGUACCACUGUGUCCUCUGUUCACCCAAGCAUCAAAGUUUGCCCUGUAGAUCAGAAGGAGUCUCCAGUGUCCCAAUUCAAACUUCCUCGCUGAUUCAUUUAUUGGCUGUUGGAGUAUCAAAGAAAUAGGCUUAAAGUAUUUGUGGGCCUAAAAUAGGAUUCUAGAGUCCUCUUGGAUAACUGAUUCUGAUUAUAUUGGUUAAAUUUGGGUCGAAGUUGUUGCAGCAUUAACAUAAUAGUUUUCUAUUUAAAACAGACAUUUUCACUGAAAUAUUUAGGGAUUUGGGCCAUAUUAUGUAAAAGUUCAGUUUGUAAUGUCACAAAAUAUACUGACAGCUUGAACCUAUCACAGCCUAUAUGCAUUAGAGUAUUAUUAGAUUAUUGCUUUCGAUGACUCAGAUCCUGAAUCCCACUCAUGUUUACCUGU